AUGUUGUGGAAGUACGACGCUGAAAAAGACUCGGUGAUGCAAGUAACUAGGGAAGCUUUGAGCUGCAGCACAUCGAACCCCAUCGCAGAGUACAAAGAUGGCAACAGCAAGGUUCAGCUGGACAGAUCAGGAGCAUUCUAUUUCAUCAGCGGAGCGAAGGAGCAUUGCGAGAAAGGGCAGAAGGUGAUUGUGGUGGUUAUGGCGGCAAGGCAUAGAUACAGCGGGAUCUCUCCAGCGCAUUCUCCGGCGGAAUUUGAGGGACCUGCUGUUGCUCCGACGAGUAGUGGUGUUAAUUUGAAGAGCGGUUGGAUGGUGGUGGGAUUAGAGAUUUUAGGGUUGGGGGGGUGGUGUGUUUUUUUGAUGUGAGGUCGAAUUGUUCCAGCUUAGAUGUUGGUGAAUUUUGUUUAUUUUAAAUAUAUAUAUAUAUAUAUUUAUUCAAUUGGGAUAAUUUGAUUGGACCGGUUAAUAU